AUGACAACAGAUGGAGGUGGCUGGACGGUAUUUCAAAACCGGUUUGAUGGUUCUGUUGAUUUUGUAAGAAAUCUUAUAGACUAUGAGAAUGGCUUUGGCAACUUGGAAGGUGAAUUUUGGCUCGAUUUAGACGAGACAGCAAAUGUUCAUCUUCUCUCAAUCAGCGGUGUCCCAUUUUUGAUAUUCGACCAAGACACAUUCGAGAAUUGUUCUGGGAUCUAUGGAGGUGGCUGGUGGUAUAAGGAUAAAGCAUGUGGGGACAUCAACUUGAACGACUCUUCAGCCUCAGUGGAGUCCCUUGAAGAAAUUGUGUGCAAUGAAAGACUAAAAGAUUCAGAUAUAGUGUAUGUUUGA